AUGGAAUGCCUCUUGCAGGAAGAGACGGGGUGGUUGGUGUUGUUGAAAAGAAGAAGAGAAGAUGAAGUUGAGAUGAAAGACGGGUUUAAGAAGCGAAAUGGUACUGUUGUGUACUCUACACGCACACCACCCACACCAGACCGCGCUGAUACGUCCCAGGCCGCGUUGGAGCCGCAAUUCGACUGCGGUAACAGCCCGUCACACCAUUACAAGACGCACGGGCCAAAGAGUAAACAAAGGCCGUUGGCCAGGAAACAGUCGUCAUAUUUCCGUGGUAAUUAG